AACCUAUAGAUCUCACUCACAUAACCAUCCUAAAAAAAAAAAUGGGUAGAUCCAACGAGCAAGAUCUACUCUCUACCGAGAUCGUCAACCGUGGGAUCGAACCAUCCGGUCCUAACGCCGGUUCACCAACGUUCUCGGUUAGGGUCCGGAGACGUUUGCCUGAUUUUCUUCAGUCGGUGAACUUGAAGUACGUGAAACUUGGUUACCACUACCUCAUAAACCAUGCGGUUUAUCUGGCGACCAUACCGGUUCUUGUGCUGGUCUUUAGUGCUGAAGUUGGGAGUUUAAGCAGAGAAGAGAUUUGGAAGAAGCUUUGGGACUAUGAUCUUGCAACUGUCAUCGGAUUCUUCGGUGUCUUUGUCUUAACCGCUUGUGUCUACUUCAUGUCUCGUCCUCGCUCUGUUUAUCUUAUUGAUUUCGCUUGUUACAAGCCCUCCGAUGAACUCAAGGUGACAAAAGAAGAGUUCAUAGAGCUAGCGAGAAAAUCAGGAAAGUUCGACGAAGAGACACUCGGUUUCAAGAAGAGGAUCUUACAAGCUUCAGGCAUAGGCGACGAGACAUACGUCCCAAGAUCCAUCUCUUCAUCGGAAAACAUAACAACGAUGAAAGAAGGUCGUGAAGAAGCCUCUACAGUGAUCUUUGGAGCUCUAGACGAGCUCUUCGAGAAGACACGUGUCAAACCUAAAGAUGUAGGUGUCCUUGUGGUUAACUGCAGCAUCUUUAACCCGACACCGUCGUUGUCCGCAAUGGUGAUUAACCAUUACAAGAUGAGAGGGAACAUACUUAGUUACAACCUUGGAGGGAUGGGAUGUUCUGCUGGAAUCAUAGCUGUUGAUCUUGCUCGUGACAUGCUUCAGUCUAACCCUAAUAGUUAUGCUGUUGUUGUGAGUACUGAGAUGGUUGGGUAUAAUUGGUACGUGGGACGUGACAAGUCAAUGGUUAUACCUAAUUGCUUCUUUAGAAUGGGUUGUUCUGCCGUUAUGCUCUCUAACCGCCGUCGUGACUUUCGCCAUGCUAAGUACCGUCUCGAGCAUAUUGUCCGGACUCAUAAGGCUGCCGACGACCGUAGCUUCAGGAGUGUGUACCAGGAAGAAGAUGAACAAGGAUUCAAGGGUUUGAAGAUAAGUAGAGACCUAAUGGAAGUUGGAGGUGAAGCUCUCAAGACCAACAUCACUACCUUAGGCCCUCUUGUCCUCCCUUUUUCCGAACAGCUUCUCUUCUUUGCUGCUUUGCUCCGCCGAACUUUCUCACCUGCCACCAAAACCUCCACAACCACCUCCUUCUCUUCUUCGGCCACCGCAAAAACCAAUGGAAUCAAGUCUUCCUCUUCCGACCUGUCCAAGCCAUACAUCCCCGACUACAAGCUCGCCUUCGAGCACUUCUGCUUCCACGCGGCAAGCAAAGUAGUGCUCGAGGAGCUUCAGAAGAAUCUAGGCUUGAGUGAAGAGAACAUGGAGGCUUCAAGGAUGACACUUCACAGGUUUGGAAACACUUCUAGCAGUGGAAUCUGGUACGAGCUGGCUUACUUGGAAGCCAAGGAAAGUGUUCGUAGAGGCGAUAGGGUUUGGCAGAUCGCGUUCGGGUCAGGUUUUAAGUGUAACAGUGUGGUGUGGAAGGCAAUGAGGAAGGUGAAGAAGCCAACUAGGAACAAUCCUUGGGUGGAUUGUAUCAACCGUUACCCUGUGCCUCUCUAAAUUAUCAUUCUUCUAAAUUAAAUCAUGUAAGAUCUCUAAUUACUUCAACCAAAGGAGACAAUUUGGUUGGAUGAUAGGAGUUAUUUACUGAUCAUUCGUAUCUAAGUCUACUACAAAAAUGGAUGUGGCUAGAGUCCUGUUCAGCUUCAACUUGUUUUAUUUUUUGUUUGUUCUCUAUUGGAUCUUCAUAAACUUUGAGAGAUUAAAAAAACUCUUCUUUUUAGUUUUGAUAGAACAGAUGGUUGUUGUAAUUUCUUUAAUGUUUCAAAGUAAACAAUUAUUUUUUAA